AUGAACUCCGCUGGACUGAAAGGCGAGAAGCGGCACGCGGUGUGCCUGCCGUUCCCGACGCAGGGGCACAUCACGCCGAUGAUGAAGCUGGCCAAGGUCCUCUACUGCAAGGGCUUCCACAUCACCUUCGUCAGCACCGAGUACAACCACCGCCGCCUGAUCCGCUCCCGCGGCGCGAGCGCCGCCGAGGGCCUCCCUGGCUUCCGCUUCGCCACCAUCCCGGACGGCCUGCCGUCGUCCGACGCCGACGCCACGCAGGACCCGGCGGCCCUCUCCUACGCCACCAUGACCGCCUGCCCCGCUCACUUCAAGAACCUGCUCGCCGACCUCGGCCGCUCAUCGGCAGGUGUCCCGCCUGUCACCUGCGUCGUGGCGGACAACCUCAUGAGCUUCAGCGUGGACGCCGCGAGGGAGCUCGGCGUGCCGUGCGCGCUGUUCUGGACCGCCAGCGCCUGCGGCUACAUGGGCUACCGCAACUUCCGCCCUCUCAUCGACCAGGGCAUCAUCCCCCUCAAAGAUGAAGAGCAGCUGACGAACGGGUUCAUGGACAUGCCGGUGGACUGGGCGCCCGGGAUGAGCAAGCACAUGCGGCUGAAAGACUUCCCGACCUUCCUCCGCACCACGGACCGCGAGGACACCCUGAUGACCUUCCAGCUACACCAGGUGGAGCGCGCCGAGGAGGCGGACGCCGUCAUCAUCAACACCAUGGACGAGCUCGAGCAGCCGGCGCUCGACGCGAUGCGCGCCAUCACCCCGGCCAUCUACACCAUCGGCCCGCUCAACUCCCUCGCCGAGCAAAUCCUCCCCUCCAGGGGCCCGCUCGACGCGGUAAGCUCAGGCCUCUGGAAAGAAGACCGCGGGUGCCUCGAGUGGCUCGACGGCAAGAAGCCAGGGUCCGUGGUGUACGUGAGCUUCGGGAGCGUCACCGUGAUGAGCAACCACGAGCUGGUGGAGUUUGCGUGGGGGCUGGCCAACAGCGGCCACGACUUCCUCUGGAUCGUUCGGCCGGACAUCGUGAGGAGCGAGGCGGCCGUGCUGCCGCCAGAGUUCUUGGAGGCGACCAAGGACAGGGGCCUGCUGGCGAGCUGGUGCGACCAAGAAGCGGUGCUGCGGCACGACGCGGUGUGUGUGUUUCUGACGCACAGCGGGUGGAACUCGACGGUGGAGGGCCUCUGCGGCGGCGUGCCGAUGCUGUGCUGGCCCUUCUUCGCCGAGCAGCAGACCAACUGCCGGUACAAGUGCGUCGAGUGGGGCGUCGCGAUGGAGAUCAGCGACAACGUGCGGAGGGAGGCGGUCGAGGGGAGGAUCAGGGAGGCGGUGGAUGGGGAGAAUGGGAGGGAGAUGAAGAACAGAGCUUUGGAGUGGAGGAAGGAGGCUGUUCGGUCCACGGCUAGGUCGUUGGAUAAACUUGAUGCACUGAUCAGUGAUGUGUUGCUCUCUGGUAAGAACAAUUAGAGCUAGCUAGCUAGCUCGAUCGAUCACCGCUCGAUCGAGGGCGAACAAGCACAUGUAUGUGUACAUGUCUACAUGAUAUGAUUUGUGAUCAGUGCGUGAUGCUGUUC